AUGGAUCCCAGAGGAGACAAUCUAUAUGAGUACUCAGAGUGUGAGAGAAGCUUUAUUUCACAGUCAUUUCUUAGAAUCCACCAGAAGGUUCAUAAUGAAGAGAAAUUAUUUGAUAAGACACAUCUUCCUCAAGACCAGAGUCGUCACACAAGAUGGAAGCCAUUUAGAUGUUCACAAUGUGACAAGUGCUUCACUACUAAGGGAAAUCUUUCUACACACCAGAGGAUUCACAAUGGAGAGAAGCUAUUUCGAUGUUCAGAAUGUGACAAGUGCUUCACACAAAAGGAUAAACUUGCUAUUCACCAGAGGAGUCACACAGGAUCGAAGCCAUUUAGAUGUUCAGAAUGUGACAAGUGCUUCGCUGCUAAGGGAACUCUUACUUUACACCAGAGGAUUCACACUGGAGAGAUGCUAUUUCGAUGUUCAGAAUGUGACAAAUGCUUCACAACUAAGGGAAAUCUUACUAUUCACCAAAGGAUUCAUACGGGAGAGAAACCAUUUAAAUGCUCAGAAUGUGAAAAGUGCUUCACAACUAAGGGAAAUCUUACUAAACACCAGAUGUUACACACUGGAGAGAAUCUAUUUCUAUGUUCAGAAUGUGACAAGUUCUUCACUCAAAAGCAUAACCUUACUUUACACCAGAGGACUCAUACUGGAGAGAAGCCAUUUCAAUGUUCAGAAUGUGACAAGUGCUUCAGACAAAAGGAAAAACUUAUUGUUCACCAGAGGACUCAUACGGGGGAGAAACCAUUUAAAUGCUCAGAAUGUGAAAAGAGCUUCACAAAUAAGGAAAAUCUUACUAAACACCAGGUGAUACACACUGGAGAGAAGCCAUUUCAAUGUUCAGAAUGUGACAAGUGCUUCACACACAAGGAACAUCUUACUCUGCACCAGCGGACUCAUACUGGAGAGAAACAAUUUAAAUGCUCAUAAUGUGACAAGUGCUUCACACAUAAGCAAAAACUUACUGUACACCAGAGGAGUCACACUGGAGAGAAACCAUUUCUAUGUUCAGAAUGUUACAAGUGCUUCACUACUAAGGGAAAUCUUACUCAACACCAGAGGAUUCACACUGGAGAGAAUCUAUUUCUAUGCUCACAAUGUAACAAGUGCUUCAUAACUAAGGGAAAUCUUACUGCACACCGGAGGAUUCACACUGGAGAGAAGCCAUUUCGAUGUUCAGAAUGCGACAAGUGCUUCAAAAAUAAGGCACAUCUUACUGGACACCAGAAGAGUCACACAGGAGGGAAGCCAUUUCGAUGUUCAGAAUGCGACAAGUGCUUCACAACUAAGGGAAAUCUUACUAGUCACCAGAUGAUACACACUGGAGAGAAGCCAUUUCAAUGUUCAGAAUGUGACAAGUGCUUCUCACACAAGGAAAAACGUACUCACCACCACAGGAUUCACACUGGAGAGAAGCCAUUUCGAUGUUCAGAAUGUGACAAGUCCUUCUCACAAAAGAAGUAUCUUACUCUGUACCAGAGGAUCCACACAGGAGAUAAACCAUAUUAA